AUGGCACGUCGGUUACAAGCAAUGAUCGGGCCAUCAAUAUUAAACUCAGAUUUAUCGAGGUUAUACGAGGAAUCUCAAAAACUACUUGAUAAUGGUGCCGAUUACUUGCAUUUAGAUGUUAUGGAUGGUCAUUUUGUACCCAAUCUAACGUUAGGGCAUCCUGUAGUAAAAUGCCUUCGGAAUAAAAUUAAAGAUGUCUUUUUUGAAACUCACAUGAUGGUUUCUAAUCCUGAACAAUGGAUCGCUCCAAUGGCUGAUGCUGGAGUAAACCAAUACACUUUCCAUAUUGAACCAGUUGACAAUAUACCAGAAUUGUGUAGGAAAAUAAAGGAAUAUGGCAUGAAGGUAGGUCUAGCAAUCAAACCAGGCACACCAGUUUCAGAAGUAGAAAAAUACAUUUCAAUGUCAGACAUGGUGCUCAUAAUGACAGUGGAACCAGGCUUUGGUGGCCAGAAAUUUAUGGAAAACCAAAUGGUUAAAGUACAAUAUUUAAGGGAACAUUAUCCGCUGCUGAAUAUUGAAGUUGAUGGUGGUGUAGGACCUUCUACAAUUAGUUGUUGUGCAAAUGCUGGAGCUAACAUGAUAGUGUCUGGAACAGCAGUUAUUGGUGCAGCAGAUCAAGCAGCAACUAUCAAACUCCUACGAAACACAGUACAAGAAGCUAUUGAUAAACUAUAA